CCCGGGGCCAAGGGCUGGAAGAGCCAGGCUUGUGCCGGGUGGUCCUUUCCUCCCCCUCUUCCUUCUCCUCCCGGGCUCCCAGGCUAGUCUCCAUAUAAAAAGCCGCGCCGCCUCCCCUCCCUCCGGCUCCUCUCCGCCUAGCUCUCAGCACAGCUAGCAAAGGGCGGAGGGGGAGGCGGCGCGCAGCGCCGGGAGGAGGGGGGACGCAGGGGGCGGAGCCGAGGCAGCACCUUCGGAGAUAAUCCUUUCUCCUGCGGCAUAGGAGAGCAGCGGCCGGAGCGGGACACAGCGCAGAGGCUACAGGGGCCGGCAGGAUGGCGACCGUGGUGGUGGAAGCCACCGAGCCGGAGCCGUCCGGCAGCAUCGCUAACCCGGCGGCAUCCACCUCACCCAGCCUGUCGCAUCGCUUCCUGGACAGCAAGUUCUACCUGCUGGUGGUCGUCGGCGAGAUUGUGACCGAGGAGCACCUGCGGCGCGCCAUCGGCAACAUCGAGCUCGGAAUCCGAUCCUGGGAUACCAACCUGAUUGAAUGCAACUUGGACCAGGAACUGAAACUCUUUGUGUCUCGACACUCUGCAAGAUUCUCCCCUGAAGUUCCAGUGGUCUAAGGGGGUGAUUUCUGUUGCCUGUGAAGUCAGCUUUCCUUGUUCCAGACAAAUGUGAGAAAGAAGGGCUCCUGGGAAGGAGCAUUUCACAAUGGGCCGCAGAGGCUGGAGGAACGAACAGAGUGUAAGACGCAAAAGAAUGUUAUUUUAAGAGACCGUUCCAAACUCACGUUGAAGGCUUGGCUGUAGUUAGGACUGGGGAGCCGAAUGCAUGAUUUAAAAAUAAAAUCCUCUGAUUAAACACGAA